AUGAUGAACUACUGCAUACCAGACAUGUAUGAGAUGCCUCAUGUUGGCAUGGGAGGCUACACGAUGCAGGGCAGUGGGGAACACUGCAUGUACUCAGGUGAGGGGCCCGGGUAUGGCCACUGUGAGACCCAGCCCCUGCACCAUCCGCCCUGCAUGGAGCAGGCUUGGCUGCCCAGCCAGCACUACUCUUGCUCUUACGCUGGUAGUCCUCCGGCUUUUAAGAACGAGUAUUGCAACAUGGAGAUCCCUCUUAGUCACUUCCACCAUCAGCCUGAGUAUUUUCCUGAGAUCAAACCUGACUUCUCACACCUACAGUGGCUGCAGGGCAGAAAAGGGUACAUACCAAGUUACCUGGACAAGGAUGAGCUAUGUGUAGUGUGCGGGGACAAAGCCACAGGCUACCACUAUCGCUGCAUUACCUGUGAAGGUUGUAAGGGUUUCUUCAGGCGGACGAUCCAGAAGAAUCUGAACCCGACAUAUGCCUGCAAGUACGAGGGGAAGUGUGUCAUCGACAAAGUGACCAGAAAUCAGUGCCAGGAAUGUCGCUUCAAGAAGUGCAUUGCGGUGGGAAUGGCGACGGACUUGGUGUUGGACGACAGCAAGCGGUUGGCCAAGCGGAAGCUAAUCGAGGAGAACCGGGAGCGCCGUCGAAAGGAGGAACUGCAGAAGACGGUGUGGGACCGACUGGAGCCCACCCAGGAGGAGUGGGACCUCAUCCGCAUGGUGACUGAGGCCCAUAUGGCCACGAAUGCACAGGGCAACCACUGGAAGCAGAAGCGGAAAUUCCUGGUCGAGGAAGCUAUGCUUCUUAAUGAAAUAACAUGUAAUUUAUUCUAUACUUCUGACCAGAGUGCAGCGGGGGUGAAGGAAGAUAAGCCUGAGGAAAUUGGUCAAGCGUCCAUGGCAAAUACACCUGAAGGAAACAAAGUGGAUAUAGAAGCCUUCAGUCAGUUUACAAAAAUUAUCACCCCUGCCAUAACCCGAGUGGUGGACUUUGCCAAAAAACUGCCUAUGUUUUGUGAGUUGCCUUGUGAAGACCAGAUCAUCCUGUUGAAAGGCUGUUGCAUGGAGAUCAUGUCGCUGCGAGCUGCUGUUCGCUACGAUCCGGAGAGCGAGACUCUCACGUUGAACGGGGAGAUGGCGGUCACGCGGGGUCAGCUUAAGAACGGAGGCCUGGGUGUCGUCUCAGAUGCCAUCUUCGACCUUGGCGUGUCGCUGUCCUCCUUUAACUUGGACGACUCAGAGGUGGCUCUUCUACAGGCGGUCAUCCUGCUUUCAUCCGAUCGGCCAGGCCUGAGUAGUGUGGAGCGGAUCGAGCGCUGCCAAGAGGAGUUCCUGCUGGCCUUUGAACAUUACAUCAACUACCGCAAACACAAAUUGGCACAUUUCUGGCCCAAGCUGCUAAUGAAGGUGACGGACCUGCGGAUGAUCGGCGCCUGCCACGCCAGCCGAUUCCUCCACAUGAAAGUGGAGUGUCCCACCGAGCUAUUCCCUCCUCUCUUCCUGGAGGUCUUCGAGGACUGACCAAUGGAUUCAAGUGAAUGCGUGUGUGUCUGUGUGUGUGUGUGCGUGUGCAUCCGUCAGCGCCUGGGCACCCUGGUGGUCUCAGGGGUGGAACCAGCAGAAUGGCCGUCACAUUGAACUUUAUAUUAGCACUACUGAGUGUCACUUCAUUCCAUAAGUUAGGAGUAGCUCUCUGGUCUAGUUUUGGAUGGAACCAUUCCUUACAGUGCGGGUACAUUUUUUUUUUGUCUGUUCUGUUGUUGUUAUUUUUGUGGAUAUAACUUCUCACCUCGAAUAUGUGUUGAUGAUUGUACAGUUGGCAUAAUGGUGAUUUUAUCGACGCUUGUUUAUUCAUUAGAAACCAUGCAAAUGUUGUAUUUUCCUUCCUUUAUGUUGAAAAUUUCAAAAUGGCUGCUCACCGGACAUACAAACCCCCCCCUUGCCUGCCUGCUCGACUUUAUUGGAUCCAUUUGUUGGUUGAUAUUUUAAUCGUCCUGUAGCUUGUCAUCUACUCGCUAUAAAACUAUGACACGACACGUUAACGGCAUCACUCACUCACUCUAAUGGACAGCAGCUCCACGGGCCUGGGUACGUCUCUGCGUUACCUUUCAUCGCAAUGUUAACGCCGUCAUGCAGCAUUUCAGAGAUGUCGGGAAAAAUCGGAUUAUUUGCAACAGAACUGCGGGUUAAGACGAAAGUCUGAGUCAGAAAUGACGCAGAGCUUUUCUGGGACGAUUGUAUUCAGUGUCACACAGUAAACAUAGCAACAAACACUGUUCCACAUUAGCUUCUGCACUACGUCAGCCUGUUAGGGCCAAAGGACAAGAGUGUUUAUCUGUGAGGCUCGUUUUACAUUAAGCUGAAUAUUCUGAGUGUUUCUCAGACAAACUCGUCAAUUUGCUGACAUUAUCUCAACAUCAUGGAAAUUGUAUAAACCACAUGAUUAAAUAAAUCAUCAAGAAAAUACACAGUAGAUUCAUCCAUAAUAAUAACAGUUAGUAACAACUGCUUCAUAAGCCAGCACUCUGAAUGACAGACGUACAGCAGGGCGCUAGUUUCUCUUAUUCCAUGGCUCUAAAUUUUGUGUCCUAUCAGCGUUUGAGUGAAGAAAGUCUUGUGUCCGUGUCUGUUGCCUUUAUUUUUACAGAGUGGACCAUGAAACACACAUACUCUCCAUCCAGACUUGCGACAUCGAGAGGAAUGCAGCGGUAGCAUUAACAAUGAGCCUGGUCAUCGUCACCACAAACUGGUCAGGACUAACUAAAGCACACAAUGACGCUGAUGUCAUAAAAAGACAAUCAUGUUGUAUUCGGUUUGUUUGUGUGUAACAAUGCCACAUGCUGUGCCAAAACCAAGUGAAUGAUGCCCUCCGUAUUGAAUCCCUGCUUGGGUCGUCAUUGCGACUCCAGCACUUGAUUUGCCCUGCGAGUUAGCGCGCGCCGCUCACAGACUCGUUCCACUCACAGCUUUGAGUUCGAAGUGUUUCAGCGCAGCUCACUAGUCACACAACGAUUUCAGCCAUUUUUCUUUAGUUUUCUUUUAUUAUAGUCCGACUCCCUGCACACGGGAGGCUGUAUGUUUAAACAGUGACGUCAUGGUGCUAUGGUGGGUUGGGAAAAUGGCUGAUUGGACUGUAUUGUUAUCUUUGUGCAGAGACAAACAUUAACUGUUCGCAUAACAGCCAACCACCCUCUUAUGAUGGCAUGCAUAUACACUAACACUCAAACACGCACACAUACUCACAGUAUACCUUUCACACACAUGCACAUACAUGUAUAUGCACACAUGCAUGUGCCUACAUUAACACAUAGGUCAGACCCCACCACUGUGACCAAACAGUGGGACUUGGAGGCCAAGUGAACGUUGGCUGGCCCAAAAACUGAUUUAUCUUCACAAAGGUACACUGAGGGAACUAGUGAGAUUGUGAAAACGUAGCGCUUUAUCUGUUUUUUUUUUAUUUUAGCCGAUAUGUUCUCUUUUUUUUGUCGUUUUAAACGCUUCUCAAUGGUCUUGUUGUUUGCAAUGUGACAAAAAAUACAUUUGCUUUGUAUAUCUCGCUUUUUCAAGCUUCACAAUACUCCUCAAAGCCGCAUGUGUUUCUUUUCUUUUUUUUUCUUUUCUGUGAAGUGAUGCCUUUUUAUCAAAGCAAUAGACUUGCUGCAGUGUUUGAAUGACCCGGACCUCACACACACACCUCGCAAACUGUACAGACUCAAUAUAAAUGCACAGACAAUCAGAGGGAGAGAGAUGAAUGGGGGAACAGGCACCCAGACUCAGGCGGUCAGUCCGGUCGGGCUGGGCCAUGCUGAGCCACGGCCAUUUGGAAAAGUAACAUUGACUAUGUUUGCAUGCACCCCUCACCUCCACAGUGCUGUUCAACUCAUGUGAUACUCUGAGCCUGCCAGUAAAAACAUCAAUGAAAACAUUUGGUCAGUUAUUACAAGCAGGAGUGACUUACUAAACCAUAACAGACUGAUUUACAGAAUUUGAUCAGUCCGAUAUUUUGUUACUAGAUUGGUAAACUGGCCUUUAUCCACCAAACAGUCCAAGGAGCUAAACUCAGGAACAAAAUAAAAGGACCUUAAAGUCUCUUUAGUACAUUUGUGUUGUAUUUCAACUGCGUCUGAAGAGCCGUAAAAAUCUAAAUAGACAGUAUAUUUAACAAAUUAGACGUCAAAUGGAUUAAAAUGAACAAUUGUUUGAGACUUUUUUAUGUAAUGAGAAAAGGAUACUGUCAUCCAGUGGUCUUUUGUAAUUGACUAUUUCAUUAAUGUUUAAUGCUCUACAUUAGUAACAACACUGCUAUCUCGCUCUUACCUCUUUUGUGAAACUUUUUAGACUAGUCUCAGGAAUUUGGCUGCAUAACUUUCUUUAAACAUCGACAAAAUCCCAUGCUCAGCCCCAGUAUGCUGGCACCAACUGUAGCUUGCCUGCUUGCAGUCUGGUUGACAGAUGUACACAAACACACACACACACCCGUGCUGUUUGUAUGAUUGUGUUUGACCUGUCACUGACAUACAGUACUGUUAGCACCACAUACUACCUCAGGAGCGGGGGGGCCUUUUUGGAGGAUGUACACUGUGGCCUGGGAACCAAAACUGGAACUAUGUUCCUGAGGUCGAAAAUGUUAAGUUCCUGAGUGACUGUAAAUGUUUCUGGAUCCCUGCACAGGUAAAAGGCCACAAUGAGAGCUAAGAUAAUUGCACAAAAUAAAAAGUGAGUAAUUUUAAAGCUGCAUUAAUUGAUUCUUUUGCCACUAGGGGGCAAAACAAUUAUUUUUUUAUUCAAGGGUGUUCGUGUCCACCAGAGGAAAUGUGAGUCCAAUAUUCAGUCUCGUCAGCGUUUGAUUUCCGCCAAUUCCUGAUUGAAAUUUUUUCGACUUUUCAGCUGCUGCAUGUUCAACUUUCUUCACCAGUCAGCACACAGUUGGUUUAUCAGGCACCUGGAAAGAUCCUGAGUAAACAAGAGCAGUGAGCUGUAAAACACUAAAUACAUGUCGAGCUGUAGAUUUUGGUCAAAGUUAUCUGUGGUCACUUUUCACAAUAAACAUUUAAGGAUAUUGAUGUUGAGUUAGCCGCAGCCUUUCACAGCUUAUGGGAACAAUCACUGUUGAACCCUUUAACACCCUCGGCUGUUUAACCUUCAGCUCACCAUCGCAUAUAUUCCGCACGAUUUCUUUGAUAUUUACAGAGCGAUCCAUCUUUUCUAAAGCUUUUUUCUGAAUCAAGGUUUGUGGAUCAUUUUCCCUCAGUAGACUUGUACAGACAAGAAGAUUACUGUGACCAAGUUCUCUCCCUUCCUGCUUAUGGGCAGUGAGUAUAAAAUGGAGAUACACUAGUACUAAUGUUUAAAGAUUAGACUGCUUUGUGGCUCUAGAACAUAAAUAUCAAGUGUAGAGUUUAACUUUGAGUUAGAGCUUGAAGUUUUAUCAAAAGUAAGAGCAUGAACUAAUCUCCCUGACUGCACACUGUCGAACUCACCAAGUUUAAGAGAUAAACUUUAGUUUAACCUCCACUCCAAAGGAGUAAGCCAGGUGCUACAGCAGUGUUCUAAAGUCACAACAUUUCAUCUUAUUGCUUAAGUUUUUUUAAGUCAGCUGUUUGGUGGUAAAACACCCCAAGAGGCUGAACUCACUAGUUUUACAAAUUGUGUCCUUAUAGAGUUGCUACAGUUUAAUAAACUAUUUUCUAUGCUCACUAAAAUCAGCACCACUUUGUGUGUCUGCCGACCUGAUUACCUCUUUCUCUUGACCGGCUCUGCUCCUGUUCACCCUCCGUUGUCGUUGUCUAUCUUGAUGUCUGCUGUGUGUCGCUGGGUCGGAAGUGUUAGCUGAGCUUUUAGCUGAUAACAGCCGCCAGUUUAACGGCAUUUUCACACCUGAAUGUCCAGACCAUGGUCCAAACCCAACAUUCACAUUCACAUUAGAUUUGAUCCGGUUAGUUCUGGUUUCACAUUGUAAUUUAAGAAGCGGAUAAAAUACUUUUGUGUGACAGAUGUACGUCAUGUCGUCAUCACCUACAUGGGCUGUGACUGCCUAUACCUUGACGUUGACGUGUUGUCAGUUAGAAAUUUGUAAAACAUCAUUGUUGGAGCUGUAGUAUAUUUAUGGUAGUAGUACUAGCAUCACCAACUUCAGGUGCAGUACGCCACACUAGGCCAAAUGCGCCCAAUGAAAGUCCUAGUACUCAAUACUGGGAGCCCCUUCCACUUCUUUUUCUUUUUGUAUUGUUUGAAUUUCAUGCAAUUGGUGCAAAUCAUACAAAAGAAAGCUUUCAUACUGCAAACAAACUGAACUAUUGUUCAUUUAAUAUUGAGACCAACUGUGGUCUGUUGGUCUGGACUGUGGUCUGAGGCACCUUUCACACCUGUCAGUUUAGUCUGAAGGUCUGGAUUAAACAAGGUAUGUGUGAAAGUCUUAGGACAGACUCACAGCAGUACAGCUGUGGACCAUAAAACCGAAACAACGGGCUGAAAGGUGCUAAAAUGUUCUGUACAGUUGAUUGGACACGUGAUACUUCCCUGUGGGUUCGACACUGCGUGUGACCCGGUUGUCCUUCGACUCUGUGUUCGAAUAAGAAUUAAUCAAAUGCAAUUAGUGCAGCUUUAACUCAAAUCCAAACAAAGAUCAGUGGAAACAGUACGAAACGUACUCUACGUGUACACACAAAUGUGAUGUGUGUUUUGUACAGUGAGUACAAACUGAAUGAAUGGCCCCUUAAACAGUUUAAAAUUGCACGAAUGUCACAUCAUUACUUGAAUGAUCAUAUUCACAGGGGCUGUUGGUGCAUGGAAACAUAGUCAACACUGACUGCUGGUUCGUUAAAUGUUUACUGAUCCUGAGGAGGUGCCAGUACGCUCUUAUCGCUCCCACGAAUUGUUACUCUUAAUGUUACUCAGUUAUAAACCUAUAACAAGAGUUGCACCAUAGAAAAGCUAUUUUACAGUACAAAGGAAAAAGGAUGUAUAUUUUCAGACUGCAGAUUUUUUUUUUACAGAUGUUAGCAUAAUAUGAACAUACUGUUUUGCAUAGACUUAAAAAAAAAUGGCAUCUUGCUCUCAAAUCCAUGUCCACAUCUACAAAAGAAUUAUGAGCAAGAUGAUAUGAAUCAUGGAAAAAAAAUCAAACACUUAAAUUAGUGCAGCAUUAGUUCUACGAUUAAAAAAAAAAAAUGUCUGUGUCUUGACUUCACUGUCAGUACAAAGCAGCACAGCUCCACACGAACACAGCUGAUGACAACUUCUUGGUCAAAGUGUAACCAGCAUCAGAAAGAAAAAAAGUCAUCCACCGUCGACACAGAUUUCUCUCCUUGUGUGUAUUAGUGUCUUCUUGUUCAACUCAUCUGUUCAACACGUACAGGAAAACCGUCGCAGAAGGGAGGGAUUCAGUGUGUGGAGGCGCAGGAGUGAAUCUGUGGACUCAAACCACGAGAUGCACAAGGUUCUGUUUCUAAUUUGCUGUCUUGCACUCUGCAUUUUACUGGAAAUGUGGUCCAGUACUGCACUGUCCAGCUGUGGACGUUGCUUCGACAUGAGCGGAGGACUUGAAGGUGAAAUGAGUUGCUCAUGGUUGAGGAUGAUGCAGCUAAUGUGAAUUGGCUCUUGAGAAUAAAGAUGGUUUUGAGAGAA